AGGCAGGCUUGUACCCCGACCGUAAUCCACAGCUCUCUCCGAUGGCGAAGCCAGAAAUACGACUGGAAGUGUACAAGGGAGAACGACAGCUGAAGCUGAUACAACCGCUCAUCGACAAGGACCUGUCUGAACCGUACUCAAUUUUCACGUACAGAUACUUUAUCAAGCAAUGGCCCCAGCUUUGCUACCUCGCCAUGGAGGGCGAUGAAUGUGUCGGAGCUGUCGUCUGUAAAUUGGUAAGCGUCAUGUACAAUUCCGGGAAAAUAUACCGGGGCUACAUCGCGAUGCUCGCCGUGCGCGAGGACCGCCGAAAGAACGGGCUUGGUACCAAGCUCGUCAGCGCAUCUAUCAAGUCCAUGAUCGCACAAGGCUGCCAGGAGGUCUCGCUAGAGGCAGAAGUGACGAACAAGGGAGCGCUUCGUUUGUAUGAGAACCUUGGCUUUAUCAGAGAUCAACGACUCGAGAAGUACUACCUCAACGGGCAUGAUGCUUUCCGCCUCAAACUGCGACUCGCGCCUCUACCAGGGGGCGCUCUAUUCCAUUUGCAGUUGGAUGAGGACCCUUGGCUCAGAUGCAGCAGCCAUCCAAUCAGUUGUUUGACUUGCCGCUUUUGCAGAAUGGCACAGGGUGUGAUGUCAGCAAUCCUGACGGGAAUACGCAAAAGGGUGGCAAUGUACUUUUGA